AUCCCCCUUCACCCGAGACGGAUAGGAAGUGUCUCUCAUCUCUUGGCUGGCCAUCCUUUGAUCAGUCACUCCCUUGCUUCUACGCUACUUCUGGCCUCGCUAGGCUACUCGCUAGGCUACUCACUCACUUUCACCUGAAGAGCAUGUCCCUCGACUUGGUCUCUUAUCCUCGUCAAAUCGACGAUCACGACAUGGACAACGACGAGGCUCGCAGCUCAGAGGAAUCUGGAUCCUCUCCCCUCUCUUCAUCACCCGAGAUGGAAUCACCCGCCACGCUGCCCUCGCCUUCAAACUCACUACUCCCUGCCCCUCCUCACGCCUCGACCUCGCGGACAGCAUCCAAACUCUCCGCAUCCUCCGUGACCCGUCUUUCACCCUCGAUCUACGCUCGACCCUGUGCUCACUCCACGACCACCAUGCAAGCACCUACGCAACCUCGUACGCGUCCUCGAGGGCUCUCACCCCUCACUCCCAGCACCAACACCUGCAGUCCUUUCCCACCCCUAGGCGUUGGAGCUCUACCCAAAGCGCAACCUCUCGCUCGCGCCCUGUUUGCAAAGAUGGCCAAUGGUACAGAUGUCCCUCAUGCGGGCAUGGGCAAGAAAAAGGGAGGUCAAAAGUUGAUCGUCCCGUCCAAGUCAUUUAAGACCAGUUUCGAACUCAAACUCACCUCGAGCGAGCUCGCGAGGCAGUAGGGCAUGCCGUUUCUGUCUAGGGCUGUCCCAGAUACUUGGUAGAUGCUGUCUCUGAGGCAGCAAAGACGAGAGGGCUGGCCCGAUCACGACCUACAACCCUGAACAUACCGAGCAUUUGAUAUUCAUUCGAUUUCGGACCUCACUUCCUUGUAAAUACCACGACAUUUGCCGCAUAUGUUCACCAUCCUUCACAUUGUGGAUAUUCAUCUCCAGCAGACAAAGCAACCCAACCCCAGCCAUCAACUGUAGAUGUAUGUAGGAGUAGACAAACAAGACAUAUCAAUACGAGAGCACACACCGUAUGCAUUUCAUUCCACAUUGUGCCACUCUGUGA